AUGGCGCGCAAGAAGGGAGUCCCGCAGCGUGCGGGCCUCUCUCGUGCCGAGUUUGUCAAAGCCCUGUCGAGCGCCGCGUUCGCCGAGGAGCAGCGCGACGAGGAGGAGCGCCGGCAGGAGGUCGAGCGCGAGGAGCGCAAGCGGGCCGAGGAGCACGUCAAGCGCAUCAGGGCGGCAGCAGAAGAGCGCACGAGGGCAGCACACGAGCGCGCUCUCACCUCGGGUCCGCCAGUCGCAGCAAGAGCGAUCCCCCUCUCCCUCAACUCGCACCUCCCGCCGGUCGUCCCUCUUCCCGUCGGCCCUGGCGCUCCUCCUCCUCCCGCCGUGACCACCUUCUACCAGACCGUCCCGCCAGCCAUCACCAUCCCUGCUCGACCCGACACGCACGCCAUCCCUGCCGCCGUCACCAUCCCCGCGCCGCCGCAGACCAACUCGGUCCAGCCGCAACAGCAGCCCAGGCUCGAGCACCCGCCCGGCUUGAGCCGCUUCGCCGAGCUCUACGUCCCUGUAUGGCUCCGGCGCGUCAACGCCGACCGGCCCCAGUACGUCGUCCCGCGCAGCAAGGCCGAGGCGUUCGCGAUCGAGUAUUCGGAGAUGCACGACGCCCUGUACCCGCCCAAGCUCAUCCACCACCUCGGCAACAUCGAGCGCGCCAACCACGAGCAUCUCCUCAGGGAGCACUUCGACCGCGCGUCGAGCCAGGGUCGCCUCGGCGCUCGACCCGCGCCGCUCCCGCUCGCGCCAGUGACCUAUGCCCACCACUGGCUGCCGUUGCAGCAGGCCGAGUACACGGCGCGCGCCCUCCAGCUCCAGCAGGCGGCGCUGUACGCCGUACCGCUGCGACCCGUCCCGCCGCACCCGAGCGACCCGCCCGGCCCGCCGCUGUACAUGCUCGAGGCGCGCUCGAUCCGCGAGGGCUGGCCACCUGUCGACCUCGGCGACAUCCUCAACUUGCGGCAACUGCGCCCGAGCUUCCAGAGCUGGCAGGGCCUCGAAUUCGAGGCGAGCGUCGCCGGCAUCAAUCGCGCGGCGGGCGAGGUCCUCCUGCGGUGCGACGGCCUCAUGGGCUACCAGGAGGCCAUGGUCUUCAACGUCGUGUGGCGCGUCCAGGACCGCAUCUUCAACGAGUGGCGCCGCUCGACCGAGCUCGCCGACCUGUACCUCAACUCGAGCUCGAUCCUCCUGGACGGCCCGCCGACCAAGCGCCGCAGGACGGCGAUCGACUCGUGGCUGUUCCCGCAGAGCGAGGACGUCUCGGUACACGCACCGGCGCCGACCAAGGACGACCUCGACCCCGAGUGGGUCGACGAGAGCCUGAACGAGGAACAGCGCAAUGCCAUCCGCUCGAUCAUCUGGGCCAAGCAGCGCUGUCCGCUCCUCCUGCACGGGCCUCCCGGGACGGGCAAGACCAAGACGCUCGUCGAGUCGGUCUUCCAGAUCCUCAAGCGCCACCCUACCACGCACGUCCUCGUCUGCGGCGCGUCCAACCCGUCGACCGACACGCUCGCCAUGCGCCUGCGCUCCCUCAUGCCCAAGGACCUGUUCCGCCUCAACGCCCCGAGUCGACCGUUCGCCGAGGUCAAGGGCGAGCUCCUCCCGUUCUGCCACGUUGAGAACGACCGCUUCGCCCUCCCGUCCAUGUCGACCCUCCUCUCGAAGCGCGUCAUCUGCUGCACCGUCCUCGACGCCUCGAUCCUCCUCAACGCCCACGUCACCAACCACGACCUGUCGACCCUCGAGAUCUACGUCGCCGGCAGCGUGCACCCCAACAACCCUCCUCCUCUCGCCAAGCCGCACUUUGGCUUCCUCCUCGUCGACGAGGCCGCCCAGGCGACCGAGUCCGACAUCGUGCCGGCCCUCAACGCCGUCGCGACCGACGACACGCGCUGUCACCGCGCCCACGUCACCGUCUGCGGCGACGCUCGCCAGCUCGGCCCGCACAUCAUCUCGGAGGAGGCGCGCCAGAACGACUUUGACGUGUCGCUCCUCGAGCGGCUCAUGAACCUGCCCGUCUACGCCGACCACCCGUUCGCGAGGAGGAACCGCUCGCGCAACCCGGACGUGCGCUUCGACCUGCGCACGACACCGUUCGUCGACCUCGUGCGCAACUACCGCUCGGCACCCGAGAUCCUCUGGCUGCCCUCGACCCUUUUCUACCACGAGACGCUCCUCCCGUACGCCGCCAAGAGCGUCCAGCACACGCCUCUUCGAUCCUGGGCACAGCUCCCCAACCCGGGUUUCCCGAUCCUCUUCCAGCACGUCGGCGGCCUCGACCUCGAGAUCGACGAGGGCGCCUCUUUCUACAACGACGCCGAGGUCGCCCAGGUCCGAGCGCACAUCCUCGCGCUCGUACGACCGCCGGCCGACCAGGCGCAACACGGCACCGUCGCGCCCAAGGAGAUCUCGGUCAUCAGCCCGUUCCGCGAGCAGGUGUGGCGCAUCCGUCUUGCGCUCAGGGCGGUCGGGCUCGGCGAGGUCGAUGUCGGCAACGUCGAGGCGCUUCAGGGUGCCGAAAACCGCGUCGUCAUCAUCUCGACCGUCCGCUCGAAGGAGCUUCGGUGGCUCCCGAUCGACCGAGCGCAGAACCGGGGCCUUAUUCACGAGCCCAAGCGCUUCAACGUCGCCAUGACUCGCGCCAAGGAGCUCCUCAUCGUCGUCGGCAACGCAGAAACCCUCGCGCGCGACCCGUGGUGGCUCGCCUUCUACCGCCUCUGCGUCCGCAACCACUGCUACGUCGGCCCGCCCGUCUCGGCCGCCUCGGCGCACGAGGCCGGCCACGCCGUCUCGCGCCUCGAGCAGCAGUACCACGCCGAGCGCAGCGGGAGCAUGUCGCCGGCGAGCGUGCGGCGGGACGAGGACGGCGGCGAGGGCGGCGAGGAGGAGGACGGCGAGCGAGGGAGGGAGGACAAAGACCGAGCGUUCGACAUCCUCAUCGGGAGGCUCGUCUCGUCGACGGUCAACGAGGACGAGGAAUGAGGUACCGAGGCGCCUGCAGUGCAUGCUGGCGUUCCGCCGAAGCCUCACUCUUGUUCUGCUC